AUGGUCCUUUACGGCAUGAUUCUGCUUGAAAAGGGCCAGCCUGACGAAGCAGCAAAUUGGUACCAAAGUGCCAUGAAUGCGGUAAAGCCAAUUGAAACUCCUUCGUCGCUUCAGACAAUCUUAAACGCGGUUGCCCUCGUAAAAUCUCCCUUUGAAGCUUAUGCCGAACUCAAGCUAAAACUUGAGCAAGUCGACGAAGCAAGGAAAGCAGCUGAGGUAGGGGUCUCCCAAUAUAACAACUCAGGGUGCCACAAAUUACUUGCCUCAAUACUUUCUUCGAACAAUCAAGACCACGAUAAGGCUGAAGGUCAUCUCAUGAAGUCGGCAAUGUCUCGUGAUCCAAAUGCUUGUCAUGUACUGGGCCAAAUAUACCGCUUAAAACAUCUUGGGUUAAAACAAGCCGAAAAUGAUCCAUUUUAUCAGGUCCUAUUUGCUUCAAGAAAGAUAUCUCCAGGGCUCAUACUUGACCGCUCACCAUAUAUAUCAACUGCAGAGUAUUAUCGAAUGGCAAAAGAGUGGCUUGAACUUGCUGCCUACGAAGGAGUAGCAAUGGCUUCUCUGCAAAUGGCAAUAUUGCUUCGCCAGGAAAACAAACUUCAAGACGGGUUGGCUUAUUUAGAUCGAGUGGGAGAUGAUUCAAAAUACACACAAGUGGUCGCUAACCUCAGGGAAAUUUGGACUACCCCAGAUGCCGACACUUCUUCAAUCCUAUUGGCGAGUCAUCAACUAUGA